GAUGCGAUUACUUGUCUUCUUCUCAUCCCCACGUUGUUUUUUGAUAGGCUUCUCAUCCCCACGUUAGCUUUAGCUUUCUUUCUUUCUUCUUCUUUCUGUGACUGUGCUACUCUAAUUCUUGCUCCCCAAAUUGUGCUACACACUACAACACGUUCUUUGCUCAUUUGCUGUAGAUAUGGGAAAGCACAUGCAUGCGGUUCAGUACAAUUGCUACGGUGAAGGACCCUCUGGCAUCAAGCAUGUUGAAGUUCCCGUACCCACUCCCAGUAAAGAUGAGGUUUUGAUUAAAUUGGAAGCAGCUAGUAUAAAUCCAUUUGAUUGGAAAGUACAGAAAGGCAUGUUGUGGCCACUUCUUCCUCGGAAGUUCCCAUAUAUACCUGGCACUGAUGUAGCAGGCGAGGUCAUGGAGGUUGGUCAACGUGUCCAAAAGUUCAAACCGGGUGACAAAGUUGUAGCCAUCGUUAACCCGUUAAAUGGAGGAGGACUAGCCGAGUUUGCAGUUGUUAAGGAGUGUGUCACUGCUUCAAGACCAUCAGAAAUCUCAGCAUCUGAAUGUGCUGGCUUACCUGUUGCCGGUCUCACAGCACUUCAAGCACUAACAAAAUCCAUAGGGAUCAAACUUGAUGGAAGUGGUGAAAGGAAGAACAUUUUGAUCACUGCUGCAUCAGGUGGUGUAGGUGUUUAUGCAGUUCAACUGGCAAAGCUGGGAAACACUCAUGUGACAGCCACUUGUGGAGCUCGCAACAUUGAAUUGGUCAAAAGCUUAGGUGCUGAUGAGGUGAUUGACUAUAAGACCCCAGAUGGUACUGCUUUGAAGAGUCCAUCUGGUAAGAAAUAUGAUGCUGUGCUUCACUGUGCAGUGCACUUUCCUUGGUCCACCUUUGAGCCUAACUUGAGCAUGCAUGCCAAGGUUGUGGACAUAACUCCAAACUCUGGUUCAAUGUUGACAUUUGCUAUGAAGAAGCUUACGUUCUCGAAAAAACAGCUUGUGCCUUUGCUUUUAUUUCCAAAGGGUAAGGACCUUCAAUAUCUUGUUGAUUUGGUCAAGGAAGGAAAGCUUAAAUCAGUUAUAGACUCCAAAUUUCCUCUAAAUAAGGCUGAAGAUGCCUGGGCUAAGAGUAUUGAUGGUCAUGCAACUGGGAAGAUAAUUAUUGAGUUCUAGACAUGCAUAGUAAUGCACCAUAAAAAUACACUCUAUUAUAUUAUAUGAAUUGAUUCAGCAAUACCAUGCAGUUUUCUAUAGUAUGACCUGUUGUAAAGUUACAGCCUGACAGGGCCAUCGAAUGCCGUCUUUAACGAUAUAUUCAUGCGACGAUCCUU